ACUGUUGAUGUUGAAGGUUACAGUUGUCGGGUGGAGAGCAGAUUUGCUGACAUCGAAUGUUCCAGACGAGCGCAUGGGCACCUCUGAUACAAGAGUAUGAAUAACAGAGGAACAAGGGUCCAAGAAGGCGAGAAGCAGAGCGAGCGCACACUAUUACGGACUCUUCGCAAUGCUGUGUCUCCAGAGUGCACUUUUGCCUCUGUUUCCGCCAAUUUCUAAUCGAGUCCGGACGAGGCCCAGAUGGAUUUCCCGAGCAUCCACUCGGUGCCGUUCGUACAGCGACGUACAUGAUGCAGUUCCCAGCACGUAUGGCGCGGAAAAUGCCCAGUGGUUGUCAACUGAGCUCCAGCGUCUACGUACCAAUCAGAAAAGCGAAGGAGAUGGGCUUCUUUUAACUCGUGGACAGUGGUGCUGGGUUUUGCAAGACCAUGACCAUUAUCAAUUUAAAGGAGAAAUGAAGUUUCACAACACUACGAAGCGGUUUGAACUGUUCAUACCGGAGGUUUCUGCUAAGCUGCAGCUAUUGGCGAACGUAUCGCUCGACUCAGUCACUUCUUCAGUCAAGAUCCUGCCUCGACAUAAAGGUGGAAAUCCCCCUCCUAGGCCAGAUGGCAACUGGACUGCCUACAUCACCAGGGCUGGAGAGAGUACCACUAUUGAGGUGUUGGUGGAUAUAGUAUCAAAUAAUGGCGAUUCACUUACAGGUCUUCAGACAGGUGUGGUGGAAGUUGAGUACAUCUCAUAUGGUCCACAUGGCCGAACAAGACAUAUGCAGCAUGCAGUUCUACCCCUGCAUUAUCCAGAGGUGUCCAGCAAUAAGUUAAUUUGGCGCAAAGCCGAAGGAGGAGCAUUUGUUUUGCCCAUCCACACACAUAUCCUAUCACACUUGGAUGAUCCUUUGCAAGUUCUCCGUAAGUACGUUCUGCCCCAUGCUAAGGCUGGUGAUGUGAUUGCCAUCGGUGAAACACCCCUAGCCAUUAUGCAAGGUCGGUUUAGGCAUCCACAAGGUGUUCGUCCUGGAGUUCUGGCUCGCCUAGCUUGUCGCCUUUUCCAUCCAACCUCUUCUCUUGCUACUGCUUGUGGGUUGCAGGUCCUAAUUGACAUAGCUGGACGACUCAGGGUAGUUGUCGCAGUGGUCCUCGCAGUGAUCGCAAGAGUGCUGGGUUCAAGGGGUAUGUUCUAUCGUGUUGCUGGAGAUCAAGCCAGACUUAUUGACGAUGUUACUGGCACGCUUCCUCCCUACGACCAGUUCAUCACUCUUGGACCAGUCCGUGUCCAAGCUACUGUGGACGCCUUGAGUAGAAAAACCGGUUUCGAAGUCGCUGUUGUGGAUGUCAAUGACUUGAAACGUGUCCAAGUGUUGGGGGCCUCACAAGGUGUAAGCCACAGAUGGCUGGAAGCAGCACUUCGACACAAUCCUGCAGGAAAUGCCGAUGAACAAACGCCAAUUGUUCUUAUACGGAAAUCAGCGUAAGCUGUAUAUCCAGUUAUCCUCAUUAGUGAGUGGAAGAAUGCUAUCUCUGGACUUGGCGAGGUCAAUCAGGAAGAUCACGUUGUAGGUGAUGCUGAAGAAGUUGAACUCAUGAGUUUUCUGUGAAGUUUGCAAUCUGGUAAAUAAAUGUAAGACCCGCUUGGGUUUCAUCUGCAUUUCUAUGGCGAGGGCGUCGUAUAUACUGGACUUCCAUGUCUGGGCUCAUGGAUGUUAAAUGAAGCCAGCAGUCUAAACUCCAAGACAGAACGUCUGUUUCAGAUUCAAUACGACUAUCGUCUUCAGCCUCAGCAAAUUGAACGUUUUUGGAAAUACUGUCAGGAUUGAAAAAUAGUUUAGGCAGUAAUGUUCACGAGCGGUUUUAGCUAGUCAGUUGUGACAUAUUCGGGAGUAAAAAGUACUGUUCUUGGCUUUCCUUGCAGGAGAUCACAUUCACUUCUGUCCCAUAUAUGUAAUCUCCUGAAGGAAAGGUUCCCCCUAAAGAAUAGACUACCUUGAGGCACAAAUUUCAAAGAAAUUUACACCUCUACAAAACAUAAGAAACAAGAAAGCGAAAUUUUUCUUCACAGGUUCUUGUGAUUCAUUUGAAAAUGAUAAGUU